UCCGUCGCACGGAUCCACGGCCGAUCCUACAUACAAAAAGGGCUGCCCUUCACGGAGCACGUACCACUCUGGGUAACCGCCGCGGAGCCAAGUGUUUGUGUUAGUUUCCUAUUCUGUCAAGAUCUUUAGGCCGGCUAGAAAUGCUUGGAUUUUAGUGCAGUAUGUCCUGCCACUAUCCUUUGAUUUCCUGCAGAAUUCAUUCGUCUCUUUUUGUGGCCAUGGUCUCGAUUCUGUCAAUCGGUGGUAUACUCCCAAGAUACAGUCUGACACCAGCAAAUAGGUUGUUUCAUUGUUUCACAACUCAGAUCCAGACUUCAAUGGCACGGUCAUGGACUAAAUGAGUUGGAUGCACCAUGGACUCAGCCACCAUCAUUCGUCAGCAUCAGAGCAGUAUCCGUGUUCUACGGCCAAUUCUACGCGCAUACGCACUUGGUUAUUUAUCUUCAACUACUCCUAGAGUAAUAACCUGUCUACGGCGAAUUCGGGGGCAUGGCUUAAGCUUCGGAGAGCAGCUCAAGGAGUUGUCCACCACAUUGACAAGUACUCUACGGCUGGAUGCUUUCCCGGCAUUCUGUGCUGUACUCGUAGGGGGCUCAACCGUCUUUCCUCUGAUUCUCUUACGAUGUCUUGCGCAUCUCGUUCGUAAGCUGGGUUUAAAACCCGGUCGUUCCAAUGCAUUGAUUCACAUGCGACUGGCUAGAUUUGUUUCUGCGUUACUGUCCGCUUGGUUCAGUUUUCGUAUUCUGAAUCAAAGGCCUAUCAGAUUGCAGAGAGCUUGCGACGAAUCUCAAGGUGGUACUGAUUCAAAAAAUGCUGCAGACCAGAGAAAGCUCGGACCGGAGCCGCAUAGCCAUCCCCAGUUCGCAGGUAGAACCAUGGACCUCACUCUUUUCAGCCUUACCAGAGCGGUCGAUUUGAUGGUCUACAUGGGUUGGGCAAACUGGCGGCGAUGGCGAAAGUCAAAAAAUCAGUGGAGUCUAGUGGAGCGUGUUGCUCCUCAACUCGCAGAUGCGGGUGUGUUCGCCACGAGCGCAGCGAUAGUUAUGUGGGCAUGGUUUUAUAUGCCUGAGAGGCUACCAAGAUCUUACGGUAAAUGGAUAGGAGAAGUAGCAAAGGUGGAUGGCCGCCUGAUUGAAGCACUUCGCCGUGCUAGGCACGGUGUCUUUGUGUACGGAAAAGACACCGGGCAAGCAUCACUACUUCAGUCCAUGUGCAAAGAUUAUAAUUGGCCCGUGGAAUGGGGAGACCCUUCCAAGACCAUCCCGAUACCGUGUGAGAUGGUCCACAUGGGUAGUGGCCAUAGCUGUGAAAAGCAUGCUCUGUCUCGAUUCACUCGAACAUUCAAGUUCGCCUGUGCUACCUACAUACCUCUGCAGAUCAUCUUUCGUUUGCGGUCAGUAAAGUCCAUGGCAUCCCUCAAACAGCCCAUAGCUGCUGCCUUGCGCUCAUCUGCCUUCCUUGCUUCAUUUGUGAGCUUGUUCUACUACUCUGUCUGUCUUGCAAGAACAAGGAUCGGUCCCAAAGUAUUUCACCGUGAAACAGUAACUCCAAUGAUGUGGGAUUCUGGGCUCUGCGUCGGCGCCGGAUGCCUGAUGUGCGGUUGGAGCAUACUCGUGGAGAACGCCCGGAAGCGACAGGAGAUUUCACUAUUUGUGGCUCCCAGGGCUGUCGCAACUGUUCUGCCAAGAUAUUACGAGAAACAGUAUCAAAACCGGGAAUGUAUAGCAUUUUCUAUCAGCGCCGCCAUUCUUCUUACUUGUCUCCAAGAGAGGCCUGAUAUGGUUCGGGGUGUAUUUGGUCGAAUCGGUAGAAGCGUGCUGGCGUGAUUGCGCUGAGCGAACGGCGUUUGCGACCGGACCUUUACAUGUAUAGACUUAUUGUUGUUUCUU